AUGGCUCAGCUGACGUCGAGCCAAUCGCAGGGGGUCAUGCUCAUGCAAAUAUCAGUGAGAACCCCUGAGCUCCCCACUGUUUUCCGGGUGAUUAUAGCGGGAAGCGUUGACCCUCCAACGCAGGUCGCGUCGUGGGACGGCGUGCCUCUGGCGAUGGACGCCGGGAAUCAGUGGAAGAUGGUGGCACCGGGGGUGUGGGACUUGACACUGUCUUGCUUCUGGCCUGCCAAGUUUCCCUCGGCCGCCCGGCCUGGCCCUGCAACGAAAACGGUCAAGGUGACGCACGCCGGGGUGAACGGCGGGAAGCUGGACGCGUCUGGACUGCUGGAUGUCUGGUCGGAGAGUGGUGCUACUGAUACUGCACCCCUGCCAGUGUCGGACCAAGCACUGCUGCCAACCAUGGCAGGCGGCCGGUUCCAAGCCAUGUUCGUCGGCGCCGUGGCAGGGGGAGCAAAAAUCCGGGUCACCACGAGCAAGAUGGGAAAGGAGGGAGGGAGAGGGGGAGGGGGGGAGAGGGGGAAAGGGAGGGAGGGAGGGGGCCAAGGAGGGAGGGAGAGGGGGGGAGGGGGAAGGAGGGAGGAUGGGGGAAGGGAGGGGGGGGGGAAGAGGGGGGGCGGAGGGAGAGGGGGCGCAACCUUUUUUCGCGACACCAAGAUCACCCUGGAAGUCCACCUGGUCUUCAUCAAGGGCGUUACCACCAGCACAGGCGUCUCCCUGGUGGGCCAGGUCGGUGCCGACACGUCAGACCCGCUCCCACUCGCAUGCCCCCUCACAACGAAACUGAUGGACCCGCUCUCUCUGCUGAUUCCGGGCGUGUUCACCUGCUCUAAAGUUAACGACAUAAAUAUCCCCGUGGAAACUGCUACCAAGCCCAAGGUCCUGGGACUGCAUAAGUUUAUGGCUGCGUUGGUGGGAGCUACCAUGGAGGGCAAUUAUCUGGCCUCAACCUUCAGUCUAAUAGUGAAUGGGCAGAGUGAGAAGCUUUACUAUAGUUUGUAA